AUGGAUGACCAGCUUAUUUGGCUCGGCGACAAGAAGGGUACAUUUUCAGUUAAAACGGCUUAUAACAACUACUCUCAAGUUAAAACGGCUUAUAACAACUACUCUCAAGGUAUUGAUCCUAUCAUGUCAGGACCAACUUAUUUGGCUCGGCGACAAGAAGGGUUGCCAACCUUAAGCAACCUGCACCGUAUAAAUAGUGCUUUAGAUUCACCAAAUUUGUGUUAUCUAUGUGGUCUGACUGAAGAAACUGAAGACCACCUCCUUCUGCAAUGUACUUCGGCUAUUAAUGUUUGGAACUACUUCAUGAACUUUGUUGGAGGUGGCAGUCCUAUACUUCAUACUGCCAAGGAGGUUAUCGUGGGAUGGAAGAAUCCUCCUCUAUCUGCCCAAGGAAAACAACUGUGGAAAAGACUUCCGGCAGCCAUCCUUUGGGGAUUAUGGAAAGAUCGUAACGCCAUUGCCUUCUCCGGAAAGACGUUCAAGCUGCAAGAUGUCAUUAGAGAUAUAAAAAUAGAUGCCUUCAACUGGUCUAGAGGCCUGGAUUGCUUUAAGGGCAUCAAUACAACGAAUUUGGGUUUCAGUUUGAUGUCCUAG